AUGGCAGACAAGACUACGAAUACUGCCUCACGCAGCGACAGCGAUGCCUUUAAACAUCUCAACCCGUUGAACCGCCCGGCCAAUGGCUACUGUGGGGAGAAUCCGCAGGUCCCUGGCAGCGUGCCUCCCGGUGCCCAGCCAAUCCCCCCCGAAACUCUCAAGGAUAUCUUCGCCAACGGUAGUGAGUUCCUCAAGGCUUACGCCCGCGCACACCAUAAAACAAUCAAUGGAAUUGUCGACUAG